ACCUGCACCGCGAUGAGCUCUGCCCGAGGCCUACGUGUCGCCUUCGAGGCCAGACACCGUAUCCUCACCUCGUCCUCCUCUCCGCUUCGGCGCUAUGCUACCCCCGCCGUGUUCCACAAGAAAGAGCUGGACCCACAGCUCAACGGCUACCCACAGCUCCCAGAUCUCUCCAGACAGACCCUGCCUCCCAGGGGUUGGUGGGACAUGCAGAUGAGGCGCAACCUCGGUGACACACUGCAUGAGCAGGAGGAGCUCUACUCGAUGUGGGGACCAGACGCCCCCCAUGUCCCUCCUCCCACGGCUCUCCUACACUUCACCAUCGCCACCCUCGGCUUCGUUACCUUUGGCUUUGCCUGCAAGUACAUCCUCAUACCCGAGCGCCCGUCCAUCCCCCGACAGUACCCGUAUGACGGUCUGGUCAAGGAAUUGGGUGGAAUAGAGGAGAACAAACAAAACGCAGAAAGUUUGGAGGACGAGGAGUGA